AUGACCGACUACCAAAACAGCCAACCACCCCACUGCCAGGACUCAUAUGUAUCGAAGUUCUCCGUCAGGAGUGCCUUCAGUCCCCAUGCGCAUCCGAAUGAAGAUUGGACGAAGAUAUCCGAUCUUGCGGAAAGACGCCGUAUCCAAAACAGAAUUGCUCAACGGAACUAUCGUAAGAAGCUGAAGAAGAGACAGGAGGACCAACUCAGACAGGCGACCUCUUCGCCCGAGCACUCGCCCGACGAGAGCAGUUCGGUCAAGGAUGACCCCUACAUUGCUGAGUCGUCUGAAGGCACCGAACAACUCACAGCCAGGUCGCUGAAGCCUGUUCUACGGCCAAGAUUAUCGUCAAACUCACCCCCUACCAACUUUCAGCUGAUGCAGGAAUCACCACCACCUCUCUACUCUCAGUCUUUUGAAAGCGUCAGCUCCAUAUCAUCGGCUCCCUUGGCCACGUAUUCUCCCUACAGCACGUAUUCAGAUGGCUCUAUACCUGCGUCAUACUCAUGCGCACCGCUCCCAGGGGUGAUACCGGAUAUCUAUUGUGGCCAGCGGUCGGGGAUUGACAGCCCAGAGCAUUCAAUAUCGUCCUCAUACUUUGCAUCUUCCAGGCCAGAACGAUACUGCGGCAUUGAUGUUGAUUAUCUUACCUCGUCGAACCUGCCAGUCGCUUCCGCGGUCACCAUCGCAGCAACGAUGUCUCCGUAUAUGAAGGUGUCAGACCCGAUGUACAAUUACGAUUACUCGGACAUGUACCCAAUUUCUACGGGCCCCGGGGCGGGUUCAACUUCACGAUACUAA